UGGCGCAUUUUGUCGUCGUGAUUACACAGUUUUAUAUUCGCGAUUUUGCACUUUUCAAUAUAUGUUUUUAAAUUAAUUUUUUGUUAUAUUGCCACAUGGAGAAGAACAACAUCGAACACCCGAAUAUUAAGAAAAAUUAAAAGACAAUUAACAAAAGUAAUACAAAAUAAAAGAUAGCAGAAUCCAAAUAAUUUCAAAAAACGAGGCCAUCAGUGUUCCAUGUGUGUGAAAUCCAAAUUUGCGCAACAGAGUUCAUAAAACCAAAACAUGCGGGUGCUGGCGAUGCUACUUGUGUCGCUAUUAUGGCUGUUGGUUUGCAGUGCAUAUCGUUUUCUUGGGGUGUUUCCGCAUCAAGGCAAGAGCCGUUUUAAUAUGCUGGAGGGCCUGAUGAAAGGUUUGGCCGAUAAAGGGCAUCAGGUUGACAUAAUUAGUUCCUAUCCACAGAAAAAACCUUAUCCAAACUAUACCGAUAUCGCAACAUUACAACUACCUAUAUUGUUAGUGAACAAUAUGACGUAUGAAUAUAUGCUACAAGUAGUAGUGGGCCCGAAUCCAGCAAAAGCUAUCGCAACAGUCGUUGGGACUGAUAUUUGUACACUCCAUCUGGGGAAUCCAGUAAUAAAAAACCUAGUGCGCAAUCCGCCAAAGGAUCCACCUUAUGACGCGAUGAUUAUGGAGCUUUUUGGUGCACCUUGCUUUGGAGCCAUCGCCCAUUUGUUAAACGUACCUCUGAUUGGAGUCAGUACGAUGUCACUACUUCCAUGGCUUCAUGAAUUAAUCGCUCAGCCCGAGAAUUUGGCCAUCGUGCCGAAUAACUGUGUGAAUGUGGUCGUUCCCAUGAACUUGUGGCAACGUACAUACAAUGUUUUCUCCUUUAUCUACUCCAAGCUGUUCUUCACCUACUUCACAAGUCCACAGGACGAUUUAGUGAGGAAGUACUUCGGGCCGAACCUGCCUAGCAUUCGGAAUAUGAACGUGGCACUGAUCCUCAUUAACUCUCACAUCGCUGUGAAUGGGAUCCAACCGAUGACACCUGCUCUCGUCCCAGUAGGCGGAAUCCAUAUCCGAGAGGACGAUUCGCCAUUGCCUCAAGAAUUAAAGAAAUGGAUGGACGAUAGUAAAGACGGUUUUGUGUACUUCACCUUCGGCUCGAUGGUACUGAUUGAAACGUUUCCGCGCAAACUGCUCGAUGUGUUUUAUGCGUCCCUGGGUAAGAUAGCACCUGUGCGGGUUUUAAUGAAGGUACCGAAUCCGGAAAAAUUGCCGACUGGUUUACCCAAAAAUAUCUACACGUCCCCUUGGAUGCCGCAAUUGAAAGUAUUAAAACAUCCGAAUAUAAGAGCCUUCAUUACUCAUGGUGGGAUCAUGGGCACCCUUGAAGCAGUAGCUUAUGGUGUUCCCAUGAUUGGUAUUCCUCUAUAUAUCGAUCAAUAUAACAACAUCGAUGCUUACGUCGCGAAAAACAUUGCUGUGAAACUGGAUGUCCAUAAGAUUACUGAAGAAGACAUGGAUGCAGCCUUGAACGCGAUCUUGCACGACCCGAAAUACAUAGAGAACAUUAAAAAGGUGUCCCAGAGAUUCCACGAUCAACCGCUUAGCCCUGUUGACAACGCGAAUUACUGGAUCGACUACGUGCUCAAAUACGGCGACGAUGUCUUACGAUCGCCCGCCAUGGAUUUGGCCUGGUGGCAAAUAUACCUCAUCGAUGUGGCCGCGUGUCUGUUGCUUUGCGCGGCAGCCAUUAUUACACUUGCGGUGUUCAUCGUACGUUUUGUGAUGAAGAUGAUAAAUAGAAAUCAUCAGAGGUUGUUACAUUCGAAGAAGACUAAUUAGCUGCGUUUAUUCGAGAGAAGUAUUAGAAUAAAAGAAACAACAUUAUGUAAUGAUUCAUGGAAGGCUAUUAAGUUUUAGCAGAUUUCUCUUGGAAAUUAUACUAUUAGAAAUAUUUAUUUCAUCAUGUGCUAAUAUAACAUAAUAUAGUAUAUACAAAAAUACAAAAGCAUUAAAAAGUUAGGAAAACACAAAAUUGUUCAAUAUGGCAGAGUAUUUUGCAUUCACAUAAAUUAUUAAAUAUAAUUUGCGAUAAUCUAUAAUAAACGGUAUUUGUAUUUCAAUAGGCUUUGCAAAUGUUGAAAUUAAGACAUAUUGUUACGUGAAAUUUUAACAAAUAAAAUAUCCAGAAAACUUUUAAAAUGAAA